UCUGAUAUACAGACUAUACAGAUUACACGAGACAGAAGCUCCUCGGGAACAACCUGCUUGGGGCCGAUACCACCUUUUGUUUUCUUCUCUUCCUUUCACUCUUUACAUUUUUUUUCUCGCUUCCCUGGUACAUGUAACGGCUGGUUUCCAGCAUGUCCAAUGUAGACGACAACAACACGACCCCAGUUGCAUCGUCAGACCACAACCAUAGUAAUGGCAGUAGUAGUACUAAUAAUAACGUCACCCAUGUACCUAAUCAUACACUCAAGAGCGCACGAAGCGCGAUCCUUUUCACCAAGAAUGCAGCAUUCCAGUCCAAAACAACACUGACUUUAUGGCUCUUGAAUCGUAUGUUUGAGCCUAUUGAUCCCAACUUCGAGCAUGAGGGCCUGAGUUUCCUGGAAAUAUCGAACAAUGCGCUAUCGUCGAUACCAAACACUCCUACGGUCGCGCAGCAACAAGAAACUGAAAAUAAAAGCAACGAAACAGCAACGACAACGACAAAACGUGAUGAGAAUGGAGCUACUUUAUUGACGCCUCGAACGCGUAUACUCUCAAUUUCUAACGAAUACUGUAUGGUGGUCAUGGUCGAUCUGAGCUCGAGUCUCGCGACUACGGACGUUGGUCGAGGAAAUAUCAUGAUCGAUAACAUUAAUGAUGCGCUUCGAAACGUUAUGCUCGGUCUCGCUCAACCUAUCUCAAUGCCCACAGCUGGAGCAUCUCCACCGUUCAUACCAGUUAUUCGGUUGACCGUGAUUGCAGAAUGCUCGCAAUUUGGGUCCAAUAUCAACGUUAUCCCGAUUUUGGCAGAAUUUCCAACCAUGCGUGUGUUUUUACAAAACGUGCGCGUCACACCAUCCAAUGUAUCUUCAAUACUGAGAGUCCUCAAUGACAAUAUUGCCGGAUUCUUGCGCGAUCUUGCGGCGUUUCGACAAAAGCUAACUAAACGUCGAUCGAAACUCGGCUAUGAAUUGGAUGUACGGAGAAAUCACUCGUCUGUGAUUAUGGAUCAUGGCGUGGAUGAUAGUUUGGAUGGAGGUGGUGGAGCUAGUCAUGAAGGCGGUUUGUUUAAUUCGACGUAUAUCAAUAAAACAACGACAACAGCAACGAUGACGACGAAAACCCAAGAACAGCAGCCAUCACAACCAGCAACAACGCAAGCCAAGACAACAACGACGAAUAGGAAAAAGGACCAAAAAACGCACAAAGAUGGCAAAUCAGGCGCAACUAAAAAGACCAAGAAUACCAAAACGCAAGCAAACAACACACAGAAAUCGACCAACACUACCGCUCGUUCUUUCAACAGCAGUAACACGCGCCAUAACCGAUCCAACGAUAAUACUACGAAAAAAGACGUUUGGGGCGUUGGGAAAACAGGCAGCAACCUUUCGUAUAUACUCCAUGCUGGAUUGCUCGCACUUGGUCUACUACCCGACAGUGGCCAACGCUCUUUGAUACUUAUGACAGAUGGUGUCGUCAAAUCCAACAUUCAAGACGAAUUUGUCAUUCGCCAGCUGUCAAGCGACGGUAUCCCGUGCAACAUCGUGCAGAUCAGUCCAGGACCCUUCAUGGAUUGCAACUUUGGCUUUAUACCCGACACGGAUAUUCUGAAAUUCGUGGCAAAUGCUACAGGUGGCCAGUACAUGCAUAUCGAGGAUUUACUUGGUAUGGGUAGAAUGGACGCCGCUUAUUAUACCAAUAACAACACCAGCAAUAAGCCGAUUGUCACGCAGGACAUUCUGGAUCGCAUCAUGGCUGACCUUAGCUUUCCACAACGCAAGUUUUUGCUACGCGAGAUAUUCUUGGACAAGUCUGCUCUUAGGACUGGUUCAACAGCUACAAGUAGAGCAGCAGCAGUAGCAGCAGCAGCCGAAAAAGCUCAGCAGGGGAAUUAUCUUGCCAUGGCAUCAGCAGCAGCAUCACGUAACGGGUUUCCUUGGAAUCCGAAUGCUGAACCCGAAGUAACCGAGUCAAAGGUGCUACGGUAUCAAGAGUACGCAUUACCCAGCAAACUCUCACACGUCAUUGCUGCACGUACACGACAAGGGUUCUCUCUCGUUUCAAUUACACUCGAUAAAAGACGUUCUACGACUCCGUUGAAUAGCAGUUCUUCGCGAGGAGGCGGAGGAGCAGGAGGAGGCAAGAAAGUCCAAGUAGUGAUUGCUCUGACGCUUCAAUGGCAGCCUCAAAUUACGAUUGAGUAUCGUAUCCGCGCUGUAUUAUCAUCCAACAACGACUUGAUUCUCUCCAGCUAUUUUGGCACUGGCACAAUUUUCGAAGACCAUGACGACGCCACAGCAGCCUAUCUACCCGAUGCGGAUUUCAGCAGAUUACUCGAAUCACUAACGAAUCCAAAGGCCGAGAUUCUCAUUCGAGCAAAUAGCACGUUUUCGCAUUUACUCAGAAAUUGGGACGCGUUUCAACGUCGGUUUCAAGUCAUGGGAAUCUUUACAGGCGGAGCAGGAACAAGCGCAAAUGGUGCAGGUGUUAGCAACAACCUUUCUGGGUCUGCAGGCAUUCUGAAGAUCAGCAAGUUAAAGCAACUCUUGACAUCUAUAUCCGAAGCCGACAAGCACCUCAACACGAUCCUAUCCUUGGGAAACGAUACCAAUGGUCAUUCCCGCAAUAACAACAUCAUCAACAGCAACAACGGUAGCCGAAGAAAUGUAUCACCAUCGUCUUACAUUGCCCAGUUUCAAGAACUAUGGCAAAAGAUGGACGACAGCAGCGACACACGGCACAGCACGGCGUGCUGGUACGAUACCAAUCACCAUUUUGAUCUCAUCUUGCAUUUUACCCCACAUUAUUGCUAUGCCGAUCGCAACAGUACCGCAACUACAGCAUUUAUUGCGUCAGCUGAAGACGCCGUGAUAUCCACUAUAUUGGAUCGAUUGUAUGAUUUACUUUCCAAGAUGACCGACUUCGUCAGCAGUAGAGGCACAUUCGUCAAGAUAUUCUUCCCUUCACCUUCUUCCAAUCAUUCGACAAGCCAACAGCAACAAGCAAGCAAUUGCAGCAAUAAUGGCAAUUACUGUCGACUUUACGAAAUACAAAUCACGCACGAGAACCUUCGGACAAUCCAUGUUGAUGCACGGUUCUUUAACACACCUCUCGAAAUGCGAUCGCGUAUCAUGGAUGAUUUGAUGCAUAUGCUGAGCACGCGAAUUGAGUUGGACGAAGGGCAAAUUCUUGCAGAUCUUGAAAUCGGCCAACAUCCUCUAAAUAAUAACGUAGGCGGUGAUAGUGGUACUCGUCCGAAUAUGGCCAAGAUUGAAGUAGCCAAACGUCCACUUUUUGGUUUGUUAAUGCGCGAUCCAGAGCAUUAUUUUGGUGUUCCCAAGGAGCGCGAAGACGGCUAUGAUCGAAGGAGACCUACGACAGCAACACUGCUAGCCGGAGAGUACAUUGUACGCAACUAUCUGCGUCGCCAACGAUGGAUAUGGGAUGCCAAGGUGACGACGACAACUGUUGAUGCAAGUGAUUUCUAUGGCUUACACCCACUCCAUGAUCUUGCGUUUGAGCGAUUAUGUCACGUUAGACUUAAGGAGGGUUACGUAUUGAUAUCGUUUAGCGAGAAUGCAUGCCACUUUUACAAGGAGUUUCAAGAUCGUGCACCUGAUCGCUCAGCCCAGUAUUUCAUUUGGCGUAAUUCAUCCAAGCAAACGUUGACGACAGAGCUGUGGCUAGAGCCCGUGACUCGAGACGUGCACCGCAUUGACCGGGACAUUGUGCAAACAGAGCAACGACGACUGUUUCACCACGAUAGAAAAAUCAUGUCCAAACUUGUUACGUUUGACUGGACAUUUGUCGCCGGAUACCAACAACAACGUGGUAUUUCGCCUCCAUCAUCGUCGCUGAGUGCCAGUAGAGCGGAUGUAUUGCAUCUGGAUGAUGACCUGCUCGGUAUUCAUCACAUAAAAAAGAGCAUGGUGAUUGAUAUAACAUCCGUCCUCCGUCUGAGUGCGUUCUCGAUUGCUGUGUAUCCGUGUCCACAACAGCUUGUAGGCACCAGCAAUAAUAUCGUGAACAUGCGUGGCGCGUUAAUGCCACCUACCUAUAACGACGAGGGUACUGCUGCGUCGGAUAUUAUUGCCGAAGCACAAAAGAGGGACAUGGCCGUCGUCUGGUUGCAGACUGAACGGUACUUGCCUUUGGUGGCACCACCGGCUAACAGCAGACCCAAGAUAGAAGAGAGCCAUUCGAGAAGCUGGCAUGGUUCAAGCAAUAAUACCACCAUUGCGUCACCAUCUAUUAGUCUUGUUCGAGGCGGUAGCUACAGCUACAGCAAUCAAAGCUCAACAUGUCAAUGUCCACGGCCUGAUCACGAUUUUCUUUUAUUCAGAGAAGCCCUGUCCGACUUAUCUGCUCCUUAUCGUGAUGUAGCUUUGACCCAUUAUUAUUUUCAGCAGUAUCUGCGCGUACUGUCUGACUGCGAGAUGGACACGAAAUCGCCCUUGACGGCGACACAUGACAGUUUUUGGUCCACGUUUUUCCGCGAAAUACUUGGGUGUCAAGACACACAUGCAUCAGAAAGCACAUUGCGUCUGUUACGACGAGUUACCGAUAUGCAGUGCUUUGUCAAAAUCUUCAACCCUAGCACAUUUAUCGUCGUUCUUACACCGUCUCUUGCAACGCUCAUCCAUGGAACAGCUACCAAACGAGCUGACGAUCCGCUUUUUACCGAUCAUUAUCAUCUUGGAUUUCUUUUAUUUGAAUGUCAUCGCCAGACGCCAUCAUCGACUACGACAGCUCGCGGUGGUGAUCAUUGUUAUGACGAAGAGGACAAUAGCAGUAACAACGAUAGCAAGGGAUACACGUUCAGAGAGAUUGAUUUUUCAUCCAUCAAAGAAUCAAUCUUAUCACCACAUCUUACGAACGGUUACUAUCAAUGCAACAACAACAGCAUGAAUGCCGGCGAGGGCGAAGAUCAGCAACAAGUGGUGCUUUCGGAUUUCAAGUCCCGGCUUUUGCAAGAUAUCACUGAUAUUUAUUCGAGCUGCUAUGCAAAAUCCAUCUACUCAUCGCUCUUGUUCGGCAGUGUGAUUGCUGACCAUGACUUUGACAAGGUGUUGGAUAUUUGCGAGGAGACUGUGCUUGAUAUUGAUCUUACUGGGUAUCUCAAUGUGCAAACAUUGCUGAAACGGCAUGGGAGAACAAGUGUAGAGGAGUGGAAUUCUGCUCAGCAGCGGUUUAGCUCCGUCCUUGAGCAUUACUUUGAGCCAGUCAUGUACUCCAAGAAAAAGCGGCAAUUCAUUUAUUGCUAUCGCCCAGCUCAUGUUAAGAUCGGACAUCACAAAGCAGAGACUGGAAACAAGUUGACAAGGUUAGCUGAUAUUGUCGUCUCUGCUCAAUGUCCCCUGUUCAUCCGACUCGAGUACACGUUGCAGAGCCCGAAACAUGCUGCAAGCACAACGCUCCCGCUGGAAUAUUUGCCAACAUCUUAUGAAGGGCAACAUAAAGGUCAACCAUUCAAUUACGAGCCUGUCGAUAUUGGCUCCAUGGAGUCGCCAGUAGCGUCUGUGGAUAAAUCAUCAGCUACUGUUCGGCUCGUUUGUAUGACAAUCCCACAGACCAAGUAUGCACCAGCGAUUCAACCUCGACACGUUCAUGGCUGUCCAGCAGAAAGCCCUGUGCAUCAUCAAUCAUCAUUCUUUGACAACGAAGGUGAAUAUCGUGAAGCACUCUCUGGCUUAAGCGAAGAAAAGCAAGGCGCCCUGAUUGAAACAAAAGCACGAUUGACCUGGCUUUUGACCGAGGAAGUGAUGCACGGACUACUGCGAGCUGGCCCUGUCACUGACGUUGUUGUGCGAUACAUUCAAAGCCAUCUCAUGAAGAAGAACCCGUUUGUGGAUUUUCCUACCACGAUGGUCAUUCCCUUGGUAUUUGUCAAGGACCGACAUAUGAGUCGACGCGUCUUUCUCGAGCAACUCGAGCGGAACACGAUGACGCCAUACAAACUGGUUCGUGUAGGUGAUUGCUUCUAUGCCACCGAUCACAAGGAAUAUGGCGACAUAUUUGAUACCGGUGAAAGCUACUUUAAUCGAUCCGAAACCAUGAGCAAUAAUCACGAGGGUGCUGACUUUUAUACGGACCUUGGUAUUGAGGUUGAUGCUGACAAAGAACACCAUCAUCCGUUUAUUCCUCAACAACAACCAACGCAUCAGCAACAACAGCAGCAGCAGGGUGGGUCGCAGAAUGAUGACUUUUGCGAAGGUUUGGGCAUCAGUAUUAUGGAGCCAGAUGUGUUCUCGGACGAGGAAGAUUCUAUGGCAGCAAGCAAUGUCGCGGAUAGGCAGGCUUACCAGCAGCUUUAUUGGCUUUUGAUAAUCCCUCGUUCGCAGACUAUUCAAAUAUACUUUUACUCGAAGAUGCCGCAAUCUGUCAACCGUUCAGAGAUCGUACGGAUGACCAAAGUUAUGAUCAAUGAUGCUAUUGAGCGGACAAACAAGCUGGUGCUCUUGCAGCAUCUGAAUGCUACGCGUGUGUGCAGCAAAUAUCUGCUAGCGAAUGAAGGCUCGGCAGCGAAUAAUCCAAACGAAAUAUCAACAGACGAAUCGUCGGACGACAGCAACGGCAACAAUCGCAACAGCAACAGCGACAGAUCAAAACUAAGGAAUACCACAGGAGGAAACUUGGUCGAGAUGCUUUCAACAUCUGGUGAAGAAACCUCUUUUACACCACCCAAAAAGUUUCAACCUGGCCAGUUUGCCUGCGAUAUUAUCUUUACUUGGCGAUUCCCUCUCCAUUGGAGACUGCAACCCAAUAUUGCUCUCAACGCGCUUUCUUCCGAUGUCUUGCGACAUUUUAAGGUGCGAAAUAGACCAAACAUUUUUGUCUGUAUGCGCGAUGAUACUGUUAUCUAUUGCACAUUGCGCGAAAAUACGGUGAUCAACCACUGUUACGCGGAAAGCAGUAUUGAUUAUCCUUCUGCUGCUACGGAUGAUGGUCAGCAACAGCAGCAACAGUCGAUUCGAGCCACUUCACCCCAUAAUUCAUUACUCGCCAUGGGUAUAAAUGAUCCACCAAUGAUGGCGUUCUCACAUCAUUCCCGUACACAAUCCGCACAGCCGACAACAGCAGCAUACUCCCAGCCUCAGCAUGAUGGUUCUGCCGUAGCUGGUACAAUCACAACAAACAACAGUAGUCGUCGGACAAGUCCACGGUCGAGCCCUGGUGGUAAAGUGCAUAGCACGAACAGCAUUCAGCUAUCUCCGGAACCGCGAAAGACAGCACGCACAUCUGAAUCGCGUGAGCUUGUGCUUGAAGUGUACGGUGUGGAUUUGCCCAACUGGAUCUCCGACGAACUGGUCGAUUUACUCGAGAAUCGCUUAAUGUCCCAUGUCACACUUAAAGAAGUGCAGCAAUUCUUGCUUCGAAAUCCUGGUUCCAAACUAUCUCGCGCAGAUAUUGACUUUAUCCUUCCAGUGGAUAAAGCUCCAAUGGUACAUGAAAGCUUGCAAGUACCCGUGGAUGUUAUUGAUGUUCAGCAAUUUUCUCGGCUCUUGCGCGAGAGUGUCUUGACGAAUUCCAUUCGUGUUCUCACAGGCAACGGGCUGACUUCUGCACUCAAAAACUAUCGGCUCCGUCAACACUACAGCAACUUGAGCUUUGGCAAAGGACCCUUUUUCAUGCAGAAGGAAAGUAAUGUCGAUAAUCCAGUAGUGGAAGAGUUAUGCUUCUACUAUAGCUGUAUCAAUCGUACGCCUGGUGUAUGCACAGAUCUCGAGCUAAGCAUUGGACAAGGUGUGGCUGGAGUCAUUCUCUCUUUCAGCGAGUCAUCAUGGUCGCAGGAAGAAGAUUUCCAAAAUCCGUCGGAUAGUACGGACGGACAGGACUCAGCAAUGCCUUGGAGUUUGCUAUCCAGUUUUGCAUCCAAAUCUGCAUGCGUCGCUAGCGAACAGCAACAUCAGCAACAACAACAACAGCGUGGCACUACCCUCUCAGUUGAUAUUUGGACAGUUGGCCAAGUUGACGCCGGAGCGCUCUACGACCAUAUCCAUAAGAGCUUUCGACAAAGCAUAUGUGACUAUAUCAUUGAACGAGCGGUGUCUAGCGCAAUGCCAACGACAACUACAGCGACUACAUCAGUGUCAGGUGACGGAGGAUCGUCCGAUCUUGCUAUUAGCGACGCGGCACUAAGCGCUUUACUUUCAUCAUUUGUUAAGGUCUUUGAUGGCGCGUAUCACUGGAGUAAUCCAAGUGUACACAUGGCCUCUCGCUCGAUCAAGUUACAGCCUUGGUGCCUGAGCCAAGUUGUCCAGCAACUGAAUGCUGACUUUGUAGAUCUGAAUCCGAAUAGCAAGUCAGUUAUUGGAAUACAAAGUCCAACCAGUGAUGACUAUCAUCACCAGCUAUUAGGCAACCAGACCAAUAUAUAUAGAGCUUGCUACACAGAAACAGAGCUCAACCACCAAGCGCAAGCCAUGAUGCAACCACAAAAGAACAUCCGAUACUCAAUCAUUAGCGGUCUUCAUGAACUUUCUGGAUGCAAACAUUAUUACAGUACAUCAACCAAGCAGCCAGAAUUUACCAGUAUCACUGACGACCCACCAAACCGCGGUGAUACUGUAGCGACGAUAUUAAGGGCAGAUCAAAACAGUGCACACAGCCGCCAUGAAUCAAUUGCGUCCUCGAAUGUUGUCAACAAUAACAACAGCAGUAACAAAAACCCGAUAAGUAAGCUACUACAACAGCAACAGCAGCCAAAGUCUGGAUCGCACAAAGACGCCACUCACCGUCGCGCUUUCCACUUGGUGCUCCUCGACGCUGGGAACAUCACACUGUACACUUAUAAUUACGCAAGAACGUUUGUCGACCAGCUCACUCUAGCGAUCGAGCAGACAGUCGCUCAGCAAGGCAACCGUGUCCGCAUGUUACAAAACGUUGUGCACCAAAAGUUGGGCCUCUUCCAGCAUUCAGAAACGCUUGGCACCAUAUGCAACGAUGCAAGAUCUUUUGUGACCUCUGUUACAGAGGACGACUCCACUUUUGGUGUAGAAAUACUGAAAAACUUGGUAACGAAUACACCUCAUCUAAACAGUUAUUCUGCUACAGAGCAUCCUGGACGUCCUUCAUUAUCCACCACUUCCAGCGCAACGCGUCUCUCUAAUCCGAAGAUUUCGACGCUGAUAUCUGGAGCCGUAACAUUCCAUCCGUCAUCCAACAAAUUGUUAAAGGACUGUAAUACUGCGUUGCGUGAUGCGUAUACAACACUGCCAGACCAUCCCAUCACAGAAGCAGCAGCAGCAGAAGAGGAACAGCAACUUGACUAUUUGACGCAGCACGGCACACCUUUCCUCAGCACAUUUAUGAGACACUCACAGUUGCGUGCAGCACACGACAAGGCAUUUAAUGUAUACAUUAAAUGGGCGAGUCGCUACUCUACAAUGCAACCAUCAGAAACAACAAAAGAACGCGAAAAUGCUUCGGAAAUGAUGUCAGUAACCGAGCUCCGACUCAUUCUAAAAUCAUCGCGGCUGUUGCAUUUUUGCAGAACGCCUUUGGUUUUCUCGGACAUCGACCCAAAGCGAUCGAGUAUCUUUAGCACCAGCAUUGAGACAAUUCAGCAGCAUCAGCUUAUGGAGGAAACAAUGAUGUGGUACGAAGGACUGGCACGAACAUUUAUGGCGGAAUACGCGUCUUAUUUGGAGAGCGUUGGCAUGCACGUCAUUGUGCAUGGUGUAUCUGGAAACAGUAAUACGAGCAAGGAAGACCAAGGAGUGUAUCUUUCUCGCUACAAAGUUGCAGAUGACUUUGUUGUACACUCACCUGUCAUCUAUUUGCUUCAAGUUUUCCCCGGUGGAACCAUAAUGUGCGAAGCUCGACUCACCGACGUCUUUGUAUCCGUGACUCUAUACACCUUGCAUCGUCGCUAUGGCCGUUUAAUGAUGACCCAAUCCCCCUAUAUGCAUGAGAGUAGCGAGAAGCGACGAGCUGAUUUCAAGGAUUUUACCGAAGAAUGUGACCGUUUCAAGCAAAAAAUUCAUGUUAACUCGUUCGUCUAUGACUUUAACUUGAAGUUUAUCCAGCAAUCUCUGGAUAAUGCGUCAUCGCUUCCGUCCUCGGUGGACUUACUGGGUAUCAUCAAAAACACAUUCUCAUUGUACUAUAAGCCAGCCAACUACUCUCGAAAUCGUAUCAUUCGAGGCUUCUACGAGCUUGUUUCCGAUGAAGAAGAGGAUAAUAUGAAAAACUUGCUACCGAUGGUCAUCCGCAACGCCUCCAAGUAUGGAUUCGAGUCACUCCACACGAACGGCACCCCUACGGCAUGCUUUGUAUCAUCGGACGAUCCUUCAUUCGUCAAAGGAAGUGGUGAUGGCAACUCAAAUAGCUGUUAUCGAUAUACUCUACUUAUUACCGACAAUAUCUAUGAGCGGGAUUUCAGCAGUGGCAGUGACGGUCAUCCUGGUCGGUACGAUUAUCCAAAUUCACCGAUCCACGAUAUUGCUACUACACCAACGUCAACCAGCGAUUCCAAGGUUACAGUGCAAUAUUUUGUUAUUGUCACGUAUCACGAGCCAGAAAUAUACCGGACAAAAGAAAAAUCGUGGCGACAUUCGCCUCGUUACAAACCGAGAAACUUAUCUGGAUCCUUGCAAGAAGUACUAGAACCUGAGAAACAUACAUUAGGAGACGUUAUAUUGAGAGCAAGACAACGGAUUGAUGACUUGAUGAAACAGGUAAACAUCCAGAGAAGGAAGAGACACAACUGAAUUAAUUUUUCAACGGUUUUCUUCUUCCCACAACA